CAGAGCAGUGACGUCACGCGGCCGCUCUCUGCUCCGUCUCUUCCGGGGGAGCUGAGUGAUCCGGCCGGCAGCUUGUGCUCGGAGUCUCCCUGCCUGCAGAAGCGGCCGGAGCGGGAAGUGCAGGCACCGCAGCGGCUAGUUCCAGAAGGACGUGUAAGAAACAUAGAAGAUCUUGAAUAAGUUCCAGCAAGCAUGGCGAGCAUCCUGAGAUCAGUAGCUACCAGCUGCACAAGUCCCCUGUUCAAUGGUGUAAUCUCUGUGAAGUUGCCGACUGUGAAGACGCCAUGUCUGCGGAUGUUUCGUACCCAUCAGGUUCUCUGGUGUCAGCAGCCAGUCAAACAAGGUAUCCCAUACAAACAGCUGACUGUGGGAGUUCCAAAGGAGAUCUUCCAGAAUGAGAAGAGAGUGGCGUUGUCUCCUGCCGGGGUCCAGGCCCUGGUUAAACAAGGCUUCAAUGUCAUAGUAGAGUCUGGCGCUGGCGAUGCUUCCAAGUUCUCUGAUGACCAUUAUAAAGAGGUCGGGGCCAAAAUCCAGGGGACAAAGGAAGUUUUGGCUUCAGACUUGGUUGUCAAAGUACGAGCACCAAUGCUCAACCCAGCACUGGGAGUUGAUGAAGUGGACCUCUUGAAACCAUCCUCCACCCUCAUCAGUUUUAUUUACCCCGCACAAAACUCUGAGCUGCUGAACAAACUUUCUGAGAAACAGUCAACUGUCUUGGCCAUGGACCAGGUGCCACGUGUCACCAUCGCACAGGGAUAUGAUGCUCUCAGCUCCAUGGCAAACAUUUCUGGUUAUAAAGCUGUUGUCUUGGCUGCUAACAACUUUGGGCGUUUCUUUACUGGUCAGAUCACCGCCGCAGGCAAGGUCCCACCUGCCAAGGUCCUAAUUAUCGGCGGUGGUGUCGCUGGCCUGGCUGCUGCAGGAGCUGCUAAAUCUAUGGGUGCCAUCGUUCGCGGAUUUGAUACCAGGGCUGCAGCUUUAGAGCAGUUUAAGUCUCUUGGGGCUGAACCUCUGGAGGUGCAUUUGAAGGAAUCGGGAGAGGGACAGGGCGGGUAUGCUAAAGAAAUGUCCAAGGAGUUUAUUGAAGCAGAGAUGAAGCUCUUCGCCAAGCAGUGUCAAGACGUGGACAUUAUUAUUACCACUGCCCUAAUUCCAGGUAAAAGAGCCCCCAUCUUGUUCCGGAAAGACAUGAUUGAGUUAAUGAAGGAAGGUUCGGUUGUGGUUGACCUUGCGUCAGAGGCCGGUGGAAACAUUGAGACUACCAAACCAGGGGAACUGUAUGUACAUAAGGGAGUGACACACAUCGGUUAUACAGAUUUACCAAGCCGAAUGGCCACACAAGCUAGCACGCUGUACUCCAACAACAUCAUAAAGCUGUUGAAGGCAAUCAGCCCAGACAAGGACAACUUCCACUAUGAGAUCAAGGAUCAGUUUGAUUAUGGAACCAUGGACCAUGUCAUCAGAGGAACAGUGGUCAUGAAGGAGGGGAGAACGAUCUUCCCAGCACCACCGCCGAAUAAUGUCCCAAUAGCAGCAGCACCUGUCAAACAUAAGAGCGUGGCCGAACUGCAAGCUGAAAAGGCGGCCUCCAUUUCUCCCUUUAGGAAGACCAUGACCAAUGCCACUGCGUACACUGCUGGCAUUAGCACCCUGUUAGGUCUUGGUAUUGCCUCUCCUCAUUCUGCCUUUACUCAGAUGGUGACUACCUUUGGCCUGGCUGGGAUUGUCGGGUACCACACUGUGUGGGGAGUCACGCCCGCCCUGCACUCCCCACUCAUGUCCGUAACUAAUGCUAUCUCAGGUCUGACUGCUGUCGGUGGGCUCGCUUUGAUGGGGGGUUCUUAUCUUCCCUCCAGCUCCUCUGACAUCCUUGCUGUACUUGCUGCAUUCGUGUCUUCCAUCAACAUUGCAGGUGGUUUCUUGGUGACACAGAGAAUGCUGGACAUGUUCAAGCGUCCUACCGAUCCUCCGGAAUACAAUUACCUGUACUUGCUCCCCGCGGGUACAUUUGUUGGGGGAUAUGCUGCUGCACUUAACAGUGGAUAUACUAUUGAGCAGAUGAUGUACCUGGGCUCUGGCUUGUGCUGCGUCGGUGCCCUGGCUGGCCUCUCCACUCAAGGCACUGCCCGUCUGGGUAACACACUGGGUAUGAUAGGAGUUGCUGGAGGAAUUGCAGCAACUUUAGGGGCCCUGAAGCCAAACCCAGAAUUGUUAGCCCAGAUGUCAGGAGCUAUGGCCCUUGGUGGCACUAUUGGUCUGACCAUCGCCAAGCGUAUCCAGAUCUCUGACCUGCCCCAGCUGGUGGCGGCCUUCCACAGCUUAGUCGGUCUGGCUGCUGUCCUCACCUGUGUAGCCGAGUACAUGAUUGAGUACCCACACUUUGCAACGGAUCCAGCUGCCAAUCUCACGAAGAUUGUGGCUUACCUCGGCACGUAUAUUGGCGGUGUCACUUUCAGCGGCUCUCUCGUGGCCUACGGAAAACUUCAAGGUGUCCUCAACUCUGCUCCCCUGCUGCUGCCAGGAAGACAUGCGUUGAAUGCUGGUUUACUUGCUGCCAGUGUUGGUGGUAUGAUCCCAUACAUGCUGGACCCAAGCUACACGACCGGCAUGACAUGCCUGGGCUCUGUGUCCGCCCUCUCUGCUGUUAUGGGCGUCACCCUGACGGCGGCCAUUGGUGGAGCUGACAUGCCUGUGGUCAUUACAGUGCUGAACAGUUAUUCUGGAUGGGCCCUGUGUGCUGAAGGAUUCCUGCUGAAUAACAACUUGCUGACCAUCGUUGGUGCUCUCAUUGGUUCCUCUGGAGCAAUCCUAUCUUACAUCAUGUGCGUGGCCAUGAACAGAUCGCUUGCUAAUGUGAUCCUCGGAGGCUUUGGAACCACAUCUACUGCUGGUGGCAAACCUAUGGAGAUCACUGGUACCCACACAGAAAUCAAUCUAGACAAUGCAGUCGAGUUGAUCCGAGAGUCAAAUAAUAUCAUCAUUACACCAGGUUAUGGUCUGUGUGCUGCUAAAGCGCAAUAUCCCAUUGCAGAUUUGGUGAAGAUGCUGAAAGAGCAGGGUAAACAUGUCAGGUUCGGUAUCCAUCCAGUGGCAGGACGUAUGCCUGGUCAGCUGAACGUACUUCUGGCAGAGGCUGGUGUACCAUAUGAUAUUGUACUGGAGAUGGAUGAGAUCAAUGAGGAUUUCCCUGAAACUGAUCUGGUUCUUGUGAUUGGUGCCAAUGACACAGUUAAUUCUGCUGCACAGGAAGAUCCCAACUCCAUCAUUGCUGGCAUGCCCGUCCUGGAAGUAUGGAAAUCUAAGCAGGUCAUUGUAAUGAAGAGGUCUCUGGGUGUUGGUUAUGCUGCUGUUGACAAUCCCAUCUUCUACAAGCCCAAUACCGCCAUGUUGUUGGGUGAUGCCAAGAAGACCUGUGAUGCUCUGCAGUCCAAAGUGCGGGAGUCCUACCAGUAAUAGAUGCUCCUUGUGAGCUUACUUUUUUUUUUUUUUAACUAAAGCUCUACCGGCCAGUGUUAACAGUUUUGAAAACCACCAGUUUUUUUAAAUAAUAGAACUUGGUAUUUUUAGACUGAGACCGGUACUAUAUGGCUGAAACAAACAGAAAUUGGAUUUGGUAUUUUGAGUCCUUGAUACCAAUUUUUGUAUGAGCCAAGAAGAGCCUUCCACUAUUGUACAUGAAAGCAAUCAAUGUUUUAUAUAUUUCUAAUUGUAGCAAACGACCUUUCUUAACAACAAUCAUUGUGCUUUGAAAAUGUGAAGACCGGAGCCCAUCUGAUGUUACAACAAUUUCUCCCAUUUUGUGAAACUGCAAUGGUCCCUUUAAUAAAAUCUUAAGUGGCACAAGA